GUCUGAAAAAGAAAAGAAAAAAUCCAAAGAUUUCACUCCUCUGUUUUUUACUUCAUAAUAAUAAAACCCCGUAAACCCUUUCCUCAUUUCCCUUCUUUCUUCGAGCUCACAAUCACAUAUCACUGAAGCAAAUUAAAAGAAUGGCUUAUAGGCGCAACAUAACGACACGAGCGAAGCUUCUUUAUCAGCACCAAAAAGUUACCCCUGCAUUUUCUUACUUUCAUCAUGAUGAUAAUCGUAACAACCCUGAACCCGGUUUUGAUAGUUCAAGAAUUCCCAGUUUUUCCCAGUACCGUUACAUGGGAAGUGCAAGGGGGAUUAACAGCUUCAGUGGCUCAAGAAACCCAUUUCAAGACAGGAGAUUUUGUGCUUCAGGCCUUAUGAUUCCGAUGAGUUAUGGGUCCUUAUUGACCAGGAAUAUGUCAACUGAUAUUGGUGGUGAAGCGAAUAAAAUAGACUACAUGACUGAUGUUGCUGAAGUACUGGCUGAUAAGGCUGUAGAGGCUGUAGUUUCUCAAGCUCCAGCUGUGAACGAGAUGGCAAUUGCUGCUGCAGAUUGUUAUUUGCCGGUUAAGGCAUUGAUGUAUUUGAUGGAUUACAUUCAUAUGUUUACUGGGCUUGAAUGGUGGGCAUCCAUAAUUGCUACAAGUAUUAUUAUUCGGUUGUUAACUCUUCCAGUUAUGAUUAAUCAGCUGAAGUCUACUUCACAACUAACGCUUCUGAGGCCAAAGAUGGAAGAGAUAAAAGAAGAGAUGCAAAAUAAGGGUAUGGCGCCAGCAGCAGUUGCUGAAGGUCAACAAAGAAUGAAUGAAUUAACGAAGGAACAUGGAGUUUCAAUGUUCACUCCCUUAAAGGGACUACUGAUACAAGGCCCGAUCUUUGUCAGUUUCUUUGUUGCUAUUAGGAACAUGGCGGACAAUGUUCCUUCUCUCAAACAGGGAGGAGCAUUUUGGUUUACUGAUCUAACUACUCCAGAUAGUAUGUAUAUCCUUCCAGUUUUGACGGCUUUGACAUUCUGGAUAACGGUGGAGUGCAAUGCUCAAGAAGGAUUGGAGGGAAACCCUGCCGGUAAAACCAUAAAAAAUGUUUCACGGGCCUUCGCUGCGCUUACUAUCCCAUUCACUGCUGGUUUUCCUAAGGCAAUAUUCUGUUACUGGAUAACUUCAAAUCUCUUUUCACUCUCCUAUGGUUUGGUGAUAAAAAAUCACGCAGUCAAAAAGAAACUAGGUAUUCCUAUAAUACCUUUCAGUCCUCCAAAAGAACAAAAACCGGGAGUCCCAUUUUUUGAAGCACUUAAGAAAUACGCAGCAGCACAACAAUACGUAGCAGCGAAGCAGCGCGCAGAAAACCAGCAGCCGGCUGUAUCAUCGCCUCCUUUGGAAGAAUCAAAACCCACAAGUAAACGAGUACCAUCAUCGUCAGUCCUUAGUCAAAGGAUCAGAAGUUUAGAGAAAGAAGUGAAAGAAAGAAAGAAGAACAAGAAGAGGUGAUAGGAGGAUAUUGGUAAAACUUGAUUGCUAGUUAUAGGUUAUCGAUAGUUCAUAUACGCAAUUAAAAGCUGUAUUUGUUGAAAUAAUCGAGGCAGAGAAGCUCAAUGAUUUUUGGCAAUUUAGUGAGUUUGCACCCUUGAGGGUCUUGGGGAGUAAGCAAGUUUUGUUUUCUUUCAAAGUAUAUCUCAUAGAGAUAACUGUAACCAUAAUAUCUUUAUUUCUCCGCAUCAGUCAUAAUUGGAGAAAGAUUAUCCCUUUAAAAAGCUUGUAAUGUCGCUGUAAUUGGCAAAUCUCUCUAAUGCUAUUUGCAAUUGUGAGGCAAAAUACUCUAA